CUCCGAAUCUACCACUCACUAAACAACCCCAGACGGAGCACUCAUAACCUACACCUCUCCCACAAGCCCCAUCCGACGUGUCAACCAAAUAACACCAACUGCCACCGCAGCGAAUAAUUUCCCUCCGAGGCGACAUGAUAAUGCCACCCACCUCCAAACCCACUCUCACCGCCGAGCGUGUAGGAGCGAAGCCCCCGCCGUAACUCCGAAGAGUGUAUUUAACGCGCCUCUAUCACGCGUGCGAGGGAAAGCAUGAAUGCCAGUUGUAGAGCAGAACCCGGGGCGGGGAGGCUGCUGUGUAUAUAUAAUCCAUGUCCCCAAUUCAGCAGAGGCUUUCUUCUCUUUUUCUCUUCGCCUUUUGCUUUAUUUUUUCCUCUCUCUCUCUCUCUCUCUCUCUGAAACUCUGACCUAAUUGUCGGUUCAUCAAUCAGCUCACUUCCACCCCUUCCCCUGCAAAUCUCUCUUCCUGGUUAGGGUUUCCAUUGCCGUACCUUCACAUUCAUAUAUACAUCAUAUCUGUAUAUAGAUAUAUAUAUAGAGAGAGUUUUGUUGGCUAGUACUGGUGAUCGUUGUUGGUAGAAGAAGUAGAAAGCGAGAUCUCGAAUCCUAGAGAGAGAAAGAGAGAUGGCGCCGGCGAAUUUGGCAGGCCAGUUCGGCGACACGACUUACACCAAAGUGUUUGUUGGGGGAUUGGCCUGGGAGACUCAGAAGGAGACCAUGAAGAAGUACUUCGAGCAGUUCGGCGAGAUCUUGGAGGCCGUCGUCAUCACCGAUAAGGCCUCCGGUAGAUCCAAGGGCUAUGGAUUUGUGACUUUUCGGGAGCCGGAAGCGGCGAUGAGAGCUUGUGCGGACGCGUCGCCGAUGAUUGAUGGGAGGAGAGCCAAUUGCAAUCUUGCUUCUUUGGGAGUCCAGAGAUCGAAACCGUCCACGCCUAAACAUGGUGGCGGCAGGGUAAUGGGUGGCUUUCAGAGAGGAGGAUUUGGGGGUGGGCUUGGAGCGGCCUUCCCAUCAGCAGCAGCCAUGCCUCAUUAUGCCAUCCAACAAGGGAUACCAUAUAAUGUUUAUGGGUACUCUCCGUAUUCGGCAGACUACACCUAUCCUACGGCGUUUGGGCAGAGCUACUAUGGCGUCUACGGCGGUGCAACUUCUCAGUACCCUAUUUACGGCGCUGGCGGCGGCGCCAGUCUCCUGACGGGAGCGUCUGCGGCUGCCGCGGCCUUCUAUCCGUACGUCAACUUCGGGGAAGCCGGCGGAGGAGCCACCGCCACCUAUGCCGGAGCUGGGCGGACCUACGGUGGAGUCCAUUAUCCACAGCACCUCUUCCAUUACUCGCCCGUUACCUCAACUGGGGGCUACCCCAACCACUACGCUGCUCCUAUGUCUCUUCCAUCCACUCCUCCGCUGCAAUCAGGCGUAAACAUGGGUCUGCGUGCGCCAAUACCUCAUCGUUAAGAGAUUCAUCUGAAGCCAGCAAGUCUAGUACUCUUCAGAACCAUCUGAAAAACCUUUGGCCUAACCAUGGGUCUCUCCCCUCCUCUCUCCUCUUCUUCUCUCUGUCUCUCUCAUGUCAUGGAGGUCAUGCUUCGCAUUUGGGCAUUUCCACACAAGGAAGCUCCUCAUAGGGGCUAAACGUGUGGGAAUUGUCUAUUACUUCUCUUGGAAGGAAUGGUUCCUACAAGAGAACCAAAGCACAUGCAUCUGUUGUCCAACUUAAGCCACUCAAAGAGCUUAGUUGUUCACAUUUUGUCUCUUUAGCCCUGGAAAGGCUAAGCAGGCAAAAGAAUGUUAGCCCAGGAAAGGCUACACAGAAAACUAUCUAACAUAGCUUGCUAGAAAAUGUAAAUUCAACCACACAAAUAGCUAGUCCGAUUUCAGUAGUAGUUGUAAAAUGGCUAAUCCCUUCAGUAGUAAAUGGUAACCACCUCUAGCAUAGAGGGAGUUUUGGUAUCUCAUUGGUAUGUGGAUGCCCCCAUCCUUUUUUUUGUUUCUGUAUUUACCUUAAUCAUGAACUCUAGUCUUAGGAUUUUAAAAACUGCGACUGGUCAUCUCUUCUUAAAAAGCUUUAACAACUGUAACAUUCACAUAAUGUGAUAAUCAACCAACCGACCAUAUAAAGGUAAGGGAAGGUGCUUCCCUGGCUGUGGCUGUAUUUUAAUUUGUAGUUAUGCUGUGGCUAAACUAUGGAAGUCUUAGCCCUGCUUCAGUUAUCUUCUAGGAAGGGAAAUGUCAGUUCUUUCGCUUUUAGCUUUUAUGAAAUUUCCAACCUUUAGGAGCUCCAUUAUUGGCUUUGGAGCUCAAAUGCAUUAGGAGGUAAUCUAAGGGACAUAUUUUGAGACUCUUGGCUUCAUCUCCUCUAACUCAUCCAUCAACCAUGGUUAGGACUCAGGUUCUCUCUCUCUCUCUCUCUCUCUCUCUCUCUCUCUCUCAGAUGGAACUCAAUACUCUUCGCAUGCAUAAUUAAGCCUUCUGUUUGAAUUGUAACUAAGAACUGUGUUUGGGAGGAUACCAUUCAGCCAUUCUUCAAUUAGUGUUAAUUGAGAAUGGAGACUGUUAGUAUUUGCCAAGUGACUGUGCUUGUUUUAUUUACAUUUGCUGAUACUUGAUGAACAAAUUUAAAGACCUUUUUAAGUA